AUGAGCUUCCUCAGCGCGCGCGAGCACGGCGCCAAGCCGGGCUCCGGCGGCGUGGCCAGCGCGCAGAAUGAGGCGAUUGACAGGCGGGAGCGGCUGCGGCGGCUGGCCCUGGAGACGAUCGAUCUGGCCAAGGACCCGUAUUACAUGAGGAACCACCUCGGGCAGAUCGAGUGCCGGCUGUGCCUGACGCUGCACCCUAACGAGGGCAACUACCUCGCACACACACAGGGCAAGCGCCACCAGCAGAACCUGGCCAAGCGCGCAGCCAAGGAGGCGUCGGACAAGCCCGCGGCCCCCGCGCCCAACAAGCGCGUCAGCGUCCGGAAGACAGUCAAGAUCGGGCGCCCCGGGUACCGCGUCACCAAGCAGUACGACCCGGAGGCCCACAUGCGCUCGCUGCUCUUCCAGGUGGGAAGAUCCCUGUGA